GUAUAUCAAAAUAAAAAAUACAAAAUAGCACUCACACACUUUUUUCGAUAAUCUUAUCUUUUUACUUUUAAAUGCAGAAUGAUUAGGGGAAAAUAAAAAAAUCACAUGGAUUAAAAAAUCAAAAGUGUAGUUAGAUCACUAUACCUAUGGACACAUAACGUCAUAAAAAAUCGGAGAUUAUUAAGUCUUCAUUUUUUUUCUCUUUAUCAUUCUUUUUACUAGUAUAUUGUAAGAUAAAGCCCGUUUGUAUUGUAGAACGUAAAUUAUCAUGCACGUUUGAUUGCAAUUUUCUCUAUGCGUAUCUCUCGUAUGAUUUUUUUCGUCUCUAUUGUGAGUAAGAACGGAUGAUGACCGUGUCGAGUUCUAGGUAGAGAUAAUAAUAAAUAAAAUAUUUCGCGUCAUCGAUAUAUCGUGAAGUGACAUAUAUAUGUCACUGUAUAUGUAUAGAGAUAAUUCGCAUCUCGUGCUUUAUUGAUAAAAUAUUUUCCUUUGGAGAAUUUUUCUUUUCUUUCUAUUAUAUUAUAAUAUUAUUUUUUAUAUAAAUGUGAUAUGAAAAUAUAGAGUAUACAAAAGUUACAAAGUCAAAGUAGUUCUGUCAGUUAAUUGACGUCAAAAUUACUUAGAGACUUAGAGACGUUUACUUUAGAUAUUAUGAAGAUAGAUAGAUAUUAAAUAUGCAGGAAAGAAAAGAGAAAAUAUUGCCGACGAAAAGACUGCCUUCACAGUCGGAGAAUAGCAUCACAAGUCUAUAGACAGUCCUAAGUGCACCCUCUUUUGAGAUUAUGUUACUUGAUCUCACUUUCCGUGCAAUAGAAAUUCUGUCAGUCUAAAAUUUUAUCUUCAAAUCGAUACAUAUAUUGUUUAAAAAUUACCAAAAUUAUACAAAUACUACCAGAAUUUAUAGUACACGUUUCGCAUUUGGAUGCGAUUGUAUGUAUAUCUGUAAAUUAAAUUAGAAUUGAAAAUGCAAGUUCUGAAAUUGACAUGUACAAUUGUUAUAAUCGCUGGAUGUUUUCGACCGCUAUCGUGGACAUCUUUGUUUAAACGAACAGUUUACAAUAUCUACAGAUUAUACGUAAUUAGUAUGCUAUUCUUUUUUUCAAUAUCGCAAUUUAUAGACGUUGUUCUAAACGUCGAUAAUGCUGACAAUUUUACUGACACUUUAAACAUGAUGUUAACAUCAUCUGCUGCAUGCUAUAAAAUACUUGUCAUGUGGUUUAAUUAUGAAAGAAUUUCAACUUUAAUCAAUUAUCUUACUAAAGAACCGUUCAAGCCAUUGGAUCCAGGCGAGAUAGAAAUUCGACAGCGAUUUGAUAGAAUAAUACGAAAUAAUACAUUACGUUACACACUCUUGAUCGAAACGACGUGCUCGUUCAUCGCUUCGACAUCAUUGUUAACUGACUUUAGACAUAGAAGGUUAACGUACAGAGAAUGGGUACCGUAUGAUUAUUCGUCUUUCUUGACAUUUUGUUUUACAUACGCUCAGCAAAUGUCAACUACUUUCCACGUCGCUACCGUGAAUGUCGCUUGCGAUACCCUCAUAUGCAGUUUCUUAAUGCAUGUGUGUUGCCAGAUUGCGAUCUUAGAAUAUCGCUUGAAGAAACUCACGAUAAAUCAAAUUUCUCUGGGCUAUUGCGUACGCCAUCACGACUGGAUUUAUGAGUUUGCGCGAUUGGUGAAUACAAGAUUUACACAUAUAAUUGGAUUUCAGUUUACGGCGAGCAUGAUGGUAAUUUGUUCCAAUUUGUAUCAACUGACCAAGUCGCCUUUAGACGCAGACCAUAUUUCAUUAGUUAUGUACACAUCCUGCAUGUUGACGCAGAUAUUUAUUUAUUGCUGGUUUGGAAACAAAGUCAAAGUAGAGAGUAUUCAACUGGCGGAUAAAAUAUUUCAAGUAAAUUGGCCAAUUUUGAAUAAUAAUGUUAAAAAGAGUCUUUUAAUAAUGAUGAAACGUUCGACAAUACCCAUCGAAAUUUGUACUGCAUAUAUCAUUACCUUGAAUUUGGAAUCUUUCGUAGGGUUGCUUAAAACAUCGUAUUCCGCUUGUAACUUAUUAAUACAAUUAUUGAUGUUGGGGAAAUGGAUGUUGAGAAGUCAUGUUGGGAGGAAAAACGAAAUGUCUGAUGUGUUGAAAUUUUCGCUCACGGUUUUAGCGGUCGCAGGAUGCUGGCGACCAACAUCGUGGACGUCGCUGUUUAGAAACAUAAUGUAUAACGCUUACACAUUAUUAGUAGUUCUAACACUAUAUACAUUUGCAAUCACUCAAGUUAUGGAGCUCAUAUUGAACGCCGAUGACGCUGAUACAUUCGGUGACUCCUUGUUCAAUGUUAUAAUUUCGCUCCUGGCGUGUUACAAGACAAUUGUUCUACGUAAAAGUCAUGAGAGUAUUAUAAUGAUAAUUAAUAAUCUUACCGAAACGCCAUUCAAACCGUUGGAUCUAAACGAAAAUAUGAUUCGAGAGAAAUUUAACAAGAGGAUAACGAGUAAUACAUUAUAUUAUCUAGUCCUCGUCCUCGUAACCGCUUCGUAUAUGAUUUUACUUUCGUUAUUCACGGAUUUCAAGAAUGGAACAUUAUUGUAUAAAGCAUGGAUACCGUUUGACUAUUCAAUCUCCGCGCAAUUCUAUCUCGUGUACGUUCAUCAGAUAAUGACUUUAAUAUUUAUCGGUCUCGUUCAUCCCACAUGUGACAGUUUUAUUUGCGGAUUAUUAUUACACAUUUGCUGCCAGAUCGAGAUUUUAGAGUAUCGCUUGUCAAACAUCGUAAAUGCUCAAGGAAGCUUGCGCGAUUGCGUACAUCAUCAUAUACGUAUAUUUGAAUACUCAUAUAUGGUGAAUGAAAAAUUUGCCAGAAUAGUUCCUAGUGAGUUUAUAAUGAUCACGGUGGUAAUGUGCUACAGUUUGAUUCAUAUGGCUUUGACAUCGUCCACUAUCGUUUCUUAUGUACAAAAUGCCAUGGUUAUAGCUUGCACACUAGCACCAAUUUUUUACUAUUGUUGGUUUGGCAAUGAAGUCAAGCUAAAGGUUUGUUUUCUCUCUCUUUCUGUACUAAUUAAAAUGCAUAUUCUAAACUUGACAUUUUUUAUUGUUACGUUUGUGGGAUGCUUUCGACCGCUAUCGUGGACAUCAUUGUUUAAACGUGCUGUUUACAAUCUCUACAGAUUAUUUAUAAUUAUCAUUUUAUACACUUUUGCAUUUUUACAAUUUAUGGACAUCGUUCUGAACGUUGACAAUCCCGAUGACUUCACUAACAAUCUGUACAUGAUGUUAAAUGUAUCCGUUUCGGGAUACAAGUUACUGAUCAUGUGGAUUAAUUAUACGAACGUUGCAACAUUAAUCAACAAACUUAACCAAGAGCCAUUUAAACCACUGGAUUCAGGCGAACUGAAAUUUGGUCGGAAAUUUGAUAAAUUAAUACGGAUGAACACGUUACGUUAUACGGUCUUAAUCGAGACAUCAUGGUCAUGUUCCGGCUUGACGUCGUUGCUCGCCGAUUUCAGGCAUAGAAGAUUAACAUACAGAGAAUGGGUACCAUACGAUUAUUCAUCUUACAUGGUAUUCUGUGUUACGUAUGCUCAUCAGUUUCUAAGUACAUUCUAUUGCGCUACUGUGAAUGUCGCUUGCGAUACUCUCAUAUGCGGCCUGUUAAUGCACAUAUGCUGCCAAAUCGAGAUCUUGGAGUAUCGCAUAAAAAAACUCGUGAAUAAGCAGGAUACUCUGGGCUACUGUAUAUAUCAUCACAACAGUAUAUUUGAGUUUGCAUAUUUAGUAAAUGAAAGAUUCUCGCAAAUAAUCGGAUUCCAGUUUAUAACGAGUACAUUGAUAAUAUGUUCCAAUUUGUUUCAACUGAGCAAAUCGUUCAUGAGCGCAGACAAUAUUGCAUUAAUCAUAUAUACAUGCUGCAUGUUGACACAAAUAUUUAUUUAUUGCUGGUUUGGAAACAAAGUCAAAUCAAAGAGCAUUCAACUAGCGGAUAGUGUUUUUCAAGUGAAAUGGCCAAUGCUAAGUAAUAGCCUUAAGAAGGAUCUUCUUAUAAUUAUGAAACGCGCGAUAAUACCUAUUGAGUUUACUACUGCACAUAUCAUUAGCUUAAAUUUAGAUUCUUUUGUAGCGGUUAGUAUAGAAAAUUCUAUCAUAUUAUGUGUUUGUGUAUGCACAGUUGACUAA